AUGCUGCACGGCAACUCGAUCAAGCUCUUGGCCGGAAACAGCCAUCCGGAGCUGGCAGCUGCCGUGUCUGAGCGGCUCGGCGCGCCCUUGACGCCUUGUACGGUCACAAAGUUCUCCAAUGGCGAGACGAACGUCAAGAUCUCAGAGUCGGUCCGCGAUGAAGACGUUUUUAUCAUACAAACGUCCUCUGGCGACGUCAACGACCAUCUCAUGGAGCUUCUUAUCCUCGUUUCCGCCUGCAAGGGCGCCUCAGCACGCCGGAUUACGGCUGUAGUGCCCUGCUACCCAUACGCACGCAUGGACAAGAAGGACAAGAGCCGGGCGCCCAUCACCGCCAAGCUCGUGGCCAACAUGCUCGUUGUAGCCGGAUGCGACCAUGUCAUCACGAUGGACUUGCACGCCAACCAAAUACAAGGCUUUUUCGACAUUCCCGUGGACAACUUGUAUUCAGAACCGCUCAUGCUUCAGUACAUCAGGCGCAACAUCGUGGGGUGGGAGAACGGCAUCAUUGUCAGUCCUGAUGCUGGCGGUGCAAAACGAGUAACCGCGAUCGCGGACAAACUUGGUCUUGAGUUUGCGCUCUUCCAUAGGAAACGUGAUGGCAAAAAGCCGGCGGAAGAAGUGCUGGAGCUUCUCGUCGGUGAUGUCAAGGGGAAGGUCGCUAUCAUCGUGGACGACAUGAUCGAUUCGGGCAAUACUCUUACCAUGGCUGCACGUUCAUUGAAAGAGAAUGGGGCCAGCGCCGUCCAUGCCUUGAUCUCGCACGGCCUAUUCUCCGAAGCACGCAUGCACAUUUUACAGGACCUGCCUCUAGACAGCCUUGUUGUCACGAACACCGUACCACAAAAACAUCACCACGGCGAGUUAUCGAAGCUCGUCACGCUCGACAUCACCACUACCAUCGCGGAAAGUAUCCGACGCACGCACAACGGCGAGUCAAUCAGCCUACUAUUCGGGGAGUGGGCCGAAGGACUUGGCGUCAACUCGUUCUAA